AUGUGCGUAACUGAGGCUAAAACUGCAUGUCGUCUGAUCGGUCAUGCCCGUUGGGACACAAGCCGACAAUACAAACAGGCACCGUUUUUAUGCCGAGAGGCAUUGAGCUCGAUUGAACUGGAUAACCGGACGGCGCAGAGACGACUGUUCACUGGGAUCCAAUCCAGCAAAGCGCGUUCAGCUGAGUGCAACUCCCGCGCCAUAUAUACCACCAGUCAUCGCUUCUGGGUCACCAGACACACGGAGGGAGAAAUGUGA